AUGGAGUUGGACGAGAAGAUGCUAAGCUUAAUAGUUUCGAAGAUGGGCCCGGCAUUGAUGAUCUCCCUUUCUGCAAUUGGCGGGGGCCUGGGUUUUAUCGCAGGGUCUGAAGGAAUCUGCAAGGCUGCGGAGAAUGCUGUCAAUACCACCUAUUCUCUUGUUCCCAUCAUCUUCAUCACAGCUCCGACAAUGUACUCUGUAAUUCUGUACUUCAUGGUCUAUGACAAAAGGAUCGACUCCCUUAAAGAUGCUCUUUUGGUCUUGAGUGCAUGUGUGGUUAACGGCGUGUCUUCGGGUGUUGCUGGGUACUCGAUAGGCCACUCGGCAAAGGUUGCAUGUGUCACAAGAUCCCAGCAGAAGAAAUUCAACAGCAUCUUCUUUCUGAUACUGAUAUUUGGGGAGGUUGUUGGUCUUCUUGGGCUUGUGUGUGCGAUGGCUAUAUCAUCAAGUAUAGGCAGUAAAUGA